AUGUCGUUGGUUUGCUGCCUAAGUUUGAAGAGGUUGAGGGUUCUAAGUUUGAGUGGUUAUAACAUCUCUGAGCUACCUAGUUCCAUUGCGGAGUUGAAACUCCUGAGGCACCUGGACCUCUCAUCCACCAUGAUUAGAAGUUUACUGGAGUCAACAGAUGUGUAUUUGAUAGGUGAGAUGCCAUUAGGAAUUAAAAAUCUUAAGCGUCUUCGCAAACUGUCUGACUUUGUUGUCAGCAGGAAAAUUGGGCAUGGGAUAGAGGAGCUAAUGGAUUUAAACUUUCUCUGUGGAACGCUUUGCAUUUCAAGGUUAGAGAAUGUGGUUGAUCAUCGGAGAGCAAGGCAAGCCAAUUUACCGGAGAAACAGGAUCUAGAAGCUUUGGUGCUGAAAUGGAGUUCUGAUAUCACCGAUUCAAGAAAUGAAAGGAUUGAAAAAGAUGUAUUAGACAUGCUGCAACCUCAUCAGGGGUUGAAAGAGCUGACAAUCAACUCUUAUUCUUCCACAGAGUUUCCAUCUUGGGUUGGAGAUCCUUCCUUCUCUAACAUGGUGCUUCUAAGUUUGGAGAAUUGUGAAAACUGCACAUCCGUGCCAGUUCUUGGGCUUUUAAAAUCGCUCAAGGACCUUUCCAUCACCGGGAUGAGUGGACUGCAGAGCAUAGGUCGUGAGAUUUACGGGGAAUGCUGCUCAAAUCCUUUUCCUUCACUGGAGACUCUUUAUUUCAAAGGCAUGCCUGGAUGGAACUACUGGCAUGCCAACGGCGAAGAACAAGUUGAAGUUUUCCCUCGCCUGCAUAAGCUUUCUAUCUUGAAUUGUUCUCGGGUAUUGGGAAGAUUGCUAUACUAUCUUCCUUCAUUGAAAGAGCUAGUUAUUUGUGAAUCCAAGUGCUUUUCGGUUUCUAUUUCAAGUUUUCCGAUGCUCCGUAAUUUAGAUGUUGAUGGAUGCAAGGAAUUAAUCUGCAGAAGCACGACUCAGUUUAGCUCACUCAACUCCGUGGAGAUCACAGAUUUUUGGCAAAAUGGAGUCAGAUUACUACAACAUCUGAGUUCCUUACGUUAUUUGAAAAUCAGAAGUUGUUCCAGACUUGUUUCCUUUGGUGCAGAGGAGGAUGGACAAGAGCUGAAACUCGGCUUGCCUUGCUCUCUUGAAAUGCUGAAGUUAAUUGAUUGCGAAAGCCUUCAGCGACCAUUAAUUUUGCAUGGUCUCAGAUCCCUUGAAGAGCUACAUAUUGAAAAGUGUGCAGGGCUGGUUUCCUUUGUUCAAACCACUUUGCCUUGCACUCUUAAAAGGCUAUGCAUCAGUUGCUGUGAUAAUUUGCAGUAUUUGCUGGAGGAGGGAAAGGAUGCCAACAUUAGCAGUACAUCUCUUCUUGAGUACUUGGAUAUCAGGAAUUGUCCAUCUCUCAAGUGCUUAUUGUCAAGAAGAAAAUUACCUGCUCCUCUUAGACAGCUUGUGAUUUGA